AUGCUCUUCCACUCGUUGCUCACCACUGCCGUGGCUUUGAUCGGCUCGGCUUCUGCUACUUUGCCUCCGAUCGAGAUUGUUGGUAACAAAUUCUACUUCUCCAACAAUGGUUCCCAGUUCUUGAUGAGAGGUAUUGCUUACCAGCAGAACCCUACCAACACCUCCUCCGACGCCAAGUACGUUGAUCCCUUGGCUGACAUUGAAACUUGUAAGAGAGACAUUCCUUACUUGAGACAGUUGAACACCAACAUCCUUAGAGUGUACGCUUUGGACGCCGAAAAGGACCACACCGAGUGUAUGAAGUUGUUGGACGACGCUGGUAUCUACAUUGUUGCUGAUUUGUCUGAACCAAACCUUUCCAUCGACAGAUCCAACCCAGCUUGGGACACCGAAUUGUUGGCCAGAUACACCUCUGUUGUUGACAAGUUCUCCAACUACACUAACGUUUUGGGUUUCUUCGCCGGUAACGAGGUCACCAACGAAUCUAACAACACUGAUGCUUCUGCUUACGUCAAGGCUGCCGUCCGUGACACCAAGGCUUACAUCAAGGAAAAGAACUACAGAAACAUUCCUGUUGGUUACUCUGCCAACGACGACAUGGCCAUUAGAGUCGAGCUUGCUGAUUACUUUGCUUGCGGUUCCGACGAAGACAGAGCUGACUUCUUCGGUAUCAACAUGUACGAAUGGUGUGGUACUUCUACUUUCAAGGAUUCCGGUUACAAGAACGUCACUAACGCUUACAAAGACUUGGGCAUCCCUAUUUUCUUCUCCGAGUACGGUUGUAACGAGAUCCGUCCUAGAAAGUUCCAGGAAGUUGGCACUCUUUACUCCUCUGAGAUGACUGACAUCUGGUCCGGUGGUAUCGUCUACAUGUAUUUCGAGGAAGAGAACAAAUACGGUCUUGUCACCGUCUCUGGAAGCCUGGUGUCUACCUUGAAGGAUUUCGAAAACUACCUGUCUGAGAUCAACAAGAUUUCUCCAUCUUACGCUUCUUUUGACACUGCUGCUUCUACUUCCCCUGCUUCUGUUACCUCUUGCCCUGGUGUCGGUGAGGUCUGGCAAGCUGCUACCGCCUUGCCUCCAACUCCUGAUGCUUCUCUCUGUGAGUGCAUGGACAAGUCUUUGUCUUGUGUUGUCAAGGACAAGGUUGACGAGGACGACUACUCCGAUCUUUUCGACUUCCUUUGUGGCUCUGACGGUGUCAACUGCUUCGGUAUCAGUGGUAACGGUACCACUGGUAAGUACGGUGCUUACUCCGCUUGCAAAUCUAAACAGAAGUUGAACUUCCUCCUUGACUUGUACUACAAGGAGAAUGGCUCCAAGGCUUCUGCUUGUGAUUUCAGCGGUUCUGCCACCACCCAGUCAGCCGCCACCGCUUCCUCUUGUGCUAAGGAGAUCUCCGAGGCUGGUGUUUCUGGUUACGGUACUGUGACCGGUAACAUUCUUAACGCUGCUUCUGGUGCUCAGAGCGCUACUUCUGGUUCCGGUAGCAAGAGCUCUGGAUCUGGAUCUGGAUCUCGUUCUGGUUCUUCUUCCGGCUCCAGCUCUUCCAGCACAUCAAGCUCCGACUCUGGUGCUAGCGGUAACGUUGCCAUGCGUGGUUCCUCUGGCAACACUGCCUUGGUGAUGAUCGCCACCUUCUUCUUCGUCUCCGUGGGUUUGACCAUGGCUUAG